AUGUUUGAGGAAUCUGUGUCAAUUUGGGCUUCCAUGAACAGCUGGUUCACUCCAACUGUUUUCUUUGUCCUCCUCAAUGUCAUGAUAGGCACCAUUGCCAUUGCUUCAAACUUAGGCACCAACCAGAAACACCAAGACCCACAAAACCAGCAGCAAGGCCUUGCUAGAUCUCCAUCUGUGCUGCAGAGGAUCAAAUCCAUCAACCUCUACCACUAUAGAUCCCCAGAGCCACACACCAACACCUUUGAGAAAAACCCAGAAACUACUGAGAGCACCCAUUAUGCUUUUAGGCACACCCAGGAACCGGAGCAACCCCAAUUCACCAGAUCCCCUUCUUUGCUACAGAGGCUCAAGUCCAUCAACUUCUACAUUCCACAAGAUUUUUCCACCAACCCAUCACAACCCUCCACCAACCCGUCACAAACCAUCACCACCACAACCACUCUGCACAAAACUCAGGAGCCAGAAUCCCAUUCUGAACAUGACCAGUUCCAAGAUGAAGACCAUUUUGAAGACCAUGAACACACAGAAAGCUCAGAACCAGAAUCAGAAGAAGAGCAGAGCCUGGAUGAGAUUUACAGUCAGCUGAAGCCUCUACAGGACCAUCAUGUGAGCAGGACGAAGUCAGACACCAAACCAGCAUCCGGAGAAGUACCCACUAAGCUCCCAAAGAAGAUGAAGAAGUCUGCGAGUUCCAAGUCUGCAUUUGGUCAUUUUAAAGAAGAUGAUAUUGUGGAGAUUCGCCGGCCAGCGACUGUGAGGGAGAGGAAAGCUAAAGUGACAGAGGAUGAGGAGGUGGAUGCCAAGGCGGAUGAUUUCAUCAACAAGUUCAAGAACCAGCUGAAGCUGCAAAGGUUGGAUUCCAUCAUAAGGUACAAGGACAUGCUCAAUAGAGGGACAUAA